AGAGAGAUCCAUCAGUGAAUAACAAGAAUAUUCUUAUUCACUUCUUACUUACAAGAUCAUGGGAUCAUUGUAAGUAAUUUAUGUUGCUUUGCAUUAUUUCAUAAUUAUGCUGCUAUAUACAGCUAACAAUUCUGAACCACCACAGCCCCAGUCCAAUAGUCUAAUUGUGGGCAUAUAUAUGCUACCAUGCAGUCCAGUCUGUACAUAAAAGGAAAAUGCCAUCUCUUUCAUAUUCUUGAGGCGGGUUUUUAUUGCAAAUUUUAUACUGUAGCCGGAUCAUUUUUCUAUCAAGACCUCCUAAGCCAAUUACCUACAACUGUUUAUAUAGAGAGUAAUAGUAUAUGCAUUCCAGUCAGCCCUAUCAUGUGAUGUCAUUUCUUAGUGGGCCACAAUAACCAGCCUCCAGUCCAAAAGGGGCGGAAAGAGAGAGAGAGUACUUAUAACUGUCUCCUAUAGAAGCUAUACUACGCUCAUUUCAAAAGGUGGAAACAACUAUCUAUAGAGUUAUGACAAUUGACAAUUAUUUAUAUACUAUCAGCCUUAGGAAAGACAAACGACAGUGUCUAUAUGCUUAACUUGAUAUUCCUUCUCCUACUCCUAUCAGGAGAUGUUGAGCUGAAUCCUGGCCCUCUAACAGGCCAGGAUCCAAGAGAUAUAUUACGGGAAAAAUCCUUUUCUCUUUCACAAGCAAUUUCAAAUAACCUUGCUCAAGUUGCUGGAAUAUUACAUGAAAAGAAACUAAUACCACAACAGGCAAAAGCUAAUGUAUCAAUAUUAGGUGUACAGGAUUAUGAAAAGGCUAGCAGACUGGUGGGUGUGUUGGAGAUGCAACUGAGUGCCUCCGAUGGUAAUCGACAGAAGUAUUUGAUUGAUGUCUGCAAUGCAUUGAAUGAGCUAAAAGAUACAAAACUAACAGAACAUGCUAAUGCAAUGUUAAAGGCGUUAGGAAUUAGCAGUGGUAGUACUCAACGAGAACGAAUUGUUCCAAUGCCUGCUGUGCCUAUUACUAGUGGUGGAAUUGAAGAAACAGAUCAUCCAAAUGGAUGCCAAGGAGCCACGGCAACACAAUCCAUUGUUGUACCUGAUCCACCAGAUGUUAAAAGUGAAGAAUGUCCUCCAAUGGCAAAAAUUAAACCGAAAAAUUGUACAUGCACCCCAGACCUUAUAGCUGAUGUCAAUAUAAUCCUUGUGACUGCUACUAAAAAAGAAUACCGUGCUGUUAUGGGGACUGGUACACGGAUAGAAGGGGAUGAAGAAAAUUACACACGAGUUGAGUUGGAUGAUGUUUCGUUUAAUCUAGUGAUGUAUGGAUCGUAUAAAGUCGCUGUAAUAAGGACCGAUCAGGGUCCAAAAACAACAGAAGCUAAGCUAGAAAAGAUACAAGCAGUAAUCAAAGCUCAAUACGUGAUUGCAGUUGGAAUAUGCUAUGGAAUGAAAGAAAGUAAAACAAAGCUUGGUGACAUAAUCGUUGCAAAAAGUAUCAAGGAUACAUCAAGCAGACGUGCUUCAGACCAUGAACUCUCUGCUAGACCAGAAGAAUACAAAUGUGGGGAAAAACUGUAUGCUACAUUUGAAAACGAUGAAGGCUUUGAACUAGAAACAAAAAAAGACGAAUACGUUCUUAUUCAUUGCGGCACCCUGGUGAGUGAAAAUACGCUGGUAGCUAGUCAAAAGUAUAAAGAAGAUAUACUCAAGCAAAUACCUCAGGCCCUGGGAGGAGAAAUGGAAGGAGUAGGUGUAAUGACUGCUGCUGAAAAGGGCAAGUAUGAAGGGAUUGUGAUAAAGGCCAUUGCUGACUGGGGGAAUGAAGAAAAAGAGCCGUAUAGGAAGUGGCAGGAAUUUGCUGCUGUUGGAGCUGCAAAAUACGUUCUAUACCAUUUGGAAGCAACAGAAAAGUUUAAGAAACAAUGAAGGCUGACAUUAAUUAAUGACUCGUUUGAAUUAUCUUAUUUAUCUACAUACCUACAUUAAUUGUGCCUAUUUUUUAUUAAAAAAAGUUUCAGCAACUCCA